AGCUCUGAAGUGUUUGUGACGCAAAAGUCAGCAGUUGGUGAGCUGGAUUGUUUGCUCGGUUCUGUUUGCCUCUUGCAACAUUUUGUCCCAACUGACCGUCCUCGUUCACCUGUAUAUCACAGCAGCUCAUUCGGCGUUAACCGACCGCUCUCGAGUUACUUUCAGUGGUUGAAGAUGAUCUUGAGGCUGCUGCUGUUUUUGUUUGCGCUGACUAACUGCGGUGUCCACACUUGCCCAAGUCAAUGCUCCUGCUCCGUUGCUGAGGUGGAGUGCGCUGACAUCGCAACCAUGACAUCGUUCCCCGUAGAUGGUUUACCACCCAACACCACUGUGUUGGCCAUCUGGUCCACUCAGAUCUCUUCUAUAGAAGCCAGUCAUUUAAAUGCCUUGCCUUUUCUGAACAGGCUUCAGCUGUAUGCCAACAAACUGGAAAAGCUUCCUUCGGAUCUCCUGCGGAACGCUUCCCGGCUGAACUCAUUGGAUCUCACAGGGAAUCAGAUUGUACGCCUUCCUCCAGGAAUCUUCAGCCAGAAGUCACUCCGCAACCUGGUCCUCAAAAACAACCGCAUCGAACAAGCGGACGCCGAGUGGUUUGAUGAUAACAACAACCUGAUCUGGUUGGACUUGUCCGGGAAUCGCUUAUCCGAGAUCCCGGUAAAUUUGCUUCAGAAGCUAAAACAUCUUGAGCAUCUGGACGUGAGUGACAACAAUCUGGAAGAUCUGCACCCAGAUGCCUUGAAGAACCUGUAUCACCUGGACAUUCUGAACCUCGCCGGGAACAAGCUGAGCACCCUGACGCCAACGGCCUUCAGUCAUAACCCGAAGCUCUCGCGUCUGUUUCUCCAGGAGAAUCAUCUCAGAGAGCUUCCGCCAUCGCUCCUGUCAGGUCUGCAGCACCUUCAGAUGCUUCUUCUUAACCAGAACCAGCUACAGCAUCUCCCCACGGGCCUUUUGGAUGGCAGGCACUCCUCCUUCCAGCUGAUCCUAACAGCAAACCCAUGGGUGUGCGACGGCAAGAUGGAGUACCUGUGGAGGUGGCUUAAUGAGCAUUCUCAGAAUGUAUUUUAUUUGGAGGAGGUGACAUGCGCUGGACCAGAAGCUCUCAAAAACAGACAAGUGGCGUCUUUAACUGAAAGUGAACUUGGUCUGGUCAGAUAAGAUAAUUCCAUGGAAGAGAACAUGGUGUGGUGUCCCUUUAACAAACAAACAAACAAAAAUCAACCAGGUAGAAUGUGAAAAUAAUGUCCAUCAAAGUGAUUUCUGUAAAAUUCAAAUACGCCCCCUUUUGGUGGUAAACAGUAUAGAAAUUCAGUGAUGGCAAGUCACAAAGUGCACAUACUUAUGUGCAGUGGCAUACAACUCUAAUGUAUCAUAGUGAGAGUUGUUCCUUACAAUUUUGACUCUCAUACAGAGUAUUAGAGGCUACAAGUAAUUGAGAUAACCAUUAGAAUUCUUGUAUUGGGAGUCAUUAAAUUGGGCAAGUGGCCAUAAUGUUGUUGAUCUGGCAAUUGUGUUCUUUUCCAAUCACCUGUAAAGUAAAAUAUGAUCAGAGAUGUCCAGAAUGUAACAGAAAAUAUGAUCAAGGACAUAGAAAACUGUGAUCAAUGCUCCUAUGGUAUUUCUGUUGGUGUUCAAGAAUCUCACAAUAGCAGACAGAAUUUUCUCCUUGUUUUCAUUGCA